AUGUCGAGCAACCCAAAGUGCGGCCGAGAGGCGUUGCGGGUGCGUUUCUCUGAUGCGGCAAAGAGCGUCAGCGAGUUGUACCGCACCGCGGUGCUUUCGUACGAUGCCGGCCACCGCGACGCCCUGCUGUGCGUCCACCGCUACAUCCUGCUCACCACCCCGGGGCUCGCGGCGAGCAGCGCCGCCCUGCCCCACAGCGGCCAGUCGCCCGUGGGGGCGGUGGGCUCCUCGGCGCCACCGCCGUCGCUGGACGCGGAGCGGCUGCUGCGAUUCGUCCAGAACUCGCUACGACGCCACGAGGUGGUCGCGGUCGCCUCGCGCGGCACGCGGCGCCGGCGGAAGCGUUCCUCGAGCUGCGUGGGGCGGCCGGCGUGCGGCGGGCAGCCGGAGGGGGAGGGCGGCGACACGCCGGAGGACGCCCAUGGCGCGCCGCGGCGCCGCGUCGCCUCUCCCGGCCGUGCGGUGGAGGAGCCGGGGGCGGAGGUGGGCGACAUGCUGCGCGACGUCCGCAUCUCCCACCCGGUGGAGUCCGAGUCGGGGACCGACGACGACGACGACCUCUCUGCAGAGGCGUAG